AUGGUGAUUUGCUCGGAGAAUUCUAACGAAGAUAAUUCAAUAAGUUCAGUAAAAUUUCAAAAUUUAGGAUGUAACGGAACAAUGACCAAAAGUUCAGAUACAGUAAGUGUACAAAGUAAUAGUUCAACAAAUUCAACAAAUAAUCUUUCUACAGAUGGUGAUUUAAUAUCAGUAUCCCAGCUAGCGAUUCGAACAAGUGGUGUAAAUAUUGUCAAUUCAAGUGAUGUGCAUUUGGGUGAUAUAGUAAAUAAUAAUCAUAAUAGCCAUAAUUAUUUAGGCCCAAAUAAUUAUUUAGGAUCAGUUAUAAUCCAUAAACACUUAACAAUCAAAGAUCUUGAAGUGAAUAGUGAUCAAAGACGACAUAAACAUUCAACUAAUGAUAAUACUGAAAGUGAUAACUGUGAUAAUAGUUUAGGUAAUAUAAAUCCAUCAUUUACUCCAGAAAAUAAUUGUGAUACUCAAAUUAAGACUGCAAAAUUGGAUGAUGGACUUUUUAUUAUUACAAAUAAGAAUAUUGAAAAUUGCAACAUAAGUACCCUUUUAGAAAUAAAGAAACCUCGAUCCCGACGAAAACUCUUUACUGCUUUAUUACUGGCGUUAAUAUGUAGUAUCAUUGGACUUAUUAUAUUUAUCUACAUGAAAUCAACUACUAAUGGUGAUAAUUUACCUGGACCAAUACAAAGACCAAAUAAUGGUAGUGGAUAUUUUAUUUAUACAGCUUUAGAAGAUUAUGGAAUUGUACCAAGAUUAAAUUGGUCAGGCCAAAGGGUGAAUGACAAAUGUACUGAUCUUCAUAUGCCUGUUAAAUUAAUUGUAAUUUCUCAUACCGAAUCUACAAACUGUUCAACUUACUUCGAAUGCGUUCAACAAUGUUUAGAAGUCUUAAAGAAGCACACAAUUAAUCAUGGAUUAAUAGAUAUUGGAUAUAAUUUUUUAAUUGGCGGAGAUGGUUCAAUAUACGAAGGUCGUGGUUUCUACAAAGAGGGACAUCAUACUAUGAAUUUUAAUAAUAUAAGUUUUGGCAUUGCUUUCAUUGGAAAUUUUGAAAAAAUUAAAGCAUCUGAGAAACAAAUUGAAUCUGCUCAGUAUCUAAUAAAUAUUUCAGUAGAAAUGGAACUUGUAACUAGGAAUCAUAAGGUUAAUGGCGCUCUGCAACUGAUGCCAACUACAAGUCCUGGUAAAAAACUUUUCGAGCAAAUUCAAAAAUGGCCAGACUGGUGCAAGAUACCAUUUUAA